AUGCCUGUGCGUAAACGUGCGCCGAAGGAAUACUCUUUUCGCACUGCGAGUUGGUCGUGCCCCCUCACUUGUGAGCAAUGCCAAGAGGUGAGGGCGAACGGCAUGAGGUGCAAAAACAGAGUCUGUUUUGGCACCCCCCUCUGCCACGUGCACAACUCGCUGAAGUAUGGGGUAAAAGCCAAAACCUCGACCAUCGUCAACGCGGGGAAAGGAUUGUUUGCAACUCGAGCAUUCCCAAAGAAUUCGUGGAUUUGUCCGUACUUGGGUGAGAAAACCUCGAAGGAUUGUAUUCAAAAACGCUACCCAGGGGACAUGACGGCGGCUUACGCGGAGAUACUUCCGGGACCGGAGCAACUGCAUAUUGACAGUGCGUGCAAACGGGGCGUCGCUAGUCUUGCGAAUGGUCUAUUCAACGCGAACGGUAGCGUGUCGUCUCUCAGCCGCCACAAUUGUGUGUCGAGAUACCGUCCUGUCGGAGAUGGAGUGCCCGGCGUGUGGCUCAAGUCGACCAAACCACUCAAAAUUGGAGACGAAAUUUUCAAUUGGUACGGCGACGGAGGGUACAUGUUGCAACACAACCAUUCGACAAAGCGACGAACCAAGGCACCCGACACGCGACCUUGUUGA